AUGCGAAGUAAAACAUCAUCCUUGUAUGUUUUAUUUAUAUGUUAUAUAACAUCAAUGAUCACUUCUGUUAGAGCUUCAUGUCCUUCUAAUUUGGUACAACAGUCUUUCAUUCAAUCAGUAAGUUGUACUUUAAAUGAAACAUUGACAAUAACAAGUUCUUUACAAGCACCAACAUUAUACAUGUUAAAUAAUGUUUCAACACUAAAAAUAACAGGUGGGUUGAUAUGUCAAAAUGCUUCGAUUAUAAAUGUCACACAAAGAUCAACACUUUGUACAACAACAGAUAUUACUUUAAAAGAUCAAUCACAUUUCAAUUUGUAUGAUAAUUCGAUUUUAGACACACAAAAUAUUAACCUAUUUAAUGAAUCACAAUUUAUCAUUUCAGACAUAUCUGUUAUUAAAUCAAUUUAUAAUAUCAAUUUAUACAACAAAUCAAUAUUCAUUUUUAAAACUCUUGGAUUUUUUAACAGUUAUUUUACUAUAUCUAUUGGUGACAACUCAAUUUUUAAAAUGGAACACGGUUUUAAAAUAGACAUGUUAGGAGAUAUAAGAUCGAGUAAAAACGGGAUUGUUUUUCUUGAUUCAAUAACAAAUGCCGAAUUUUUUACUUUUUAUGGAAAUUCUACACUGUAUUUAAACCCAAAUGCGUACAUUGAAAGAAUGAUGUUUUUUUAUUUUAGAGACAAUGCAACUUUUAAUAUGGGUAAUUAUUCAAGCAUAAAGCGUGUCGAUUUUUUUCAUUUCAAUGGGAAUUCUACACUCCUUUUAAACUUAAAUGCCACAAUUGAAAAUAUAGAUUUUUUUGAUUUUGGAGACAACACGACUUUUGAAAUGGACAUUUAUUCAAGUUUAAAAUUUGCCGAUUUUUUUGAUUUCAAUGGGAAUUCAACUAUGUUAUUACAUGAGCAUUCUUUUGUCAAUUCAAUUUAUGACAUAGGUUUUGGUGGAAAUAGCACUUGCAUAAUGUUUUCAAAAUCGAGUAUCAAUUUAACAAUGGAUAUUUAUAUUAAUGGUAAUUCAACUUUCACAAUGAAUUCUAGUGAAAUCACUUCAAUUAAAAACAGGUUUUAUUUGAGUAACAAUGCCACUUUUUUGAUGUACAAUGAUGCUGUCAUCAAAAACGUUACACAAAUUGAAAUCAACAAUGGAAAGCACACAUUUGAAAUGAACAAGAAUUCAUUUGUGAAUGCCUCUAGUUUUGAAAUCACAAAUGGCACUUUAGUGUUAAAUGGAAAUGAUGAUAGAAAUAGUGUUAACAGUACAAACUUAUCUUGUAUCAACAAUGGCACGAUAGUUGUGACAAAUACUACAUGGAUUAACAUUUUGAAUAAUUCAAUAUUCAAUUUUUGUAAUAUUAAAGUAACAAAAAGGACAAUCAGGGAUUUACCCAUCUUUUUUACUUAUCAAAUAAACAUGACAAUUUUCAGUUUUCAGAAUUCAUUUGAAGUAGAUUUGGCUUGUUCUAUAAUGCCAAUUAAAACAACGCUUCCACAAGGAACUAAACUUCUUAUAGAUGGUCGCUUAUUAAGACUGGGUUCUUCAAACAAGGUGUUUUGCCAUUUAAUUAAUAAAAAUGGGUUUUAUAGUGAGCCAUACUGUCCUUGUAGUUCUUUCAAUUGUUAUAUUACUCCAUUUAAAAACAUCACUUUUUUUAAUUUAUAUAUUGAUACACCACCAAUAAACUCACAUCAAAAAACCAAUGAACUUGAGGAGGUACUUGACAUUGAAAGUGUUUCAAUCGAAAACAAAAAAGUUUCGUUUUAUAAAACAAACAACUUUGUUCUUGGUGUAAAUUCACAACCAUUAAAAUUGAUUACAAAUAUUUCGUCUUUAACAAAAACGGUUCUUCUUGUUUCGACUCAAUAUUUUGUAUUCAAAAAGGUAGUUUCACAGGCAAUAUACACGACAAACAAUCAUACUAAAUAUUUAAUAAAUCCAGAAUGUGAGGAUGGAUUGCAUUUUAACACUAUAACACAAGAAUGUGAACAAUGUACAGAUUUAAAUUGUCUUGAUUGUUUUUACAACACAAAUGAAUGUUUAAGAUGCCAACAUAAUUACAAUAUUGAUAGAAAUGGUAGAUGUGCAAUAAUACCAAAUUGUUUGUUAAAACGAUCAAAUAGAUGUUUGAAAUGUUCAAAUGGGUAUUUAUUAGUUGUAGGUAGCUGUCAAAAAUCUACAAACUGUUUGAUUCAAACUUUUGAUGAAAAAUGCCAAAUUUGUGAUUUAAACACUUUCAACAUUAACAAUACACAAUGUGUACGUGCAGAUGAUGAUUCAAAAUACACAAAUCAAAAUAAUAUAAUAACUUGUAAAAGUGGUUUUGUUACGAAUUCCACAAAUUGUCAAAAAUGUUCAGAAAUGUAUAAUUCAAGUCUUGUUUGUGAAAAUGGUCAUCCCACAAAAUGUGAAAUAACGUCUGAAAUGAAUUCAAAUAAAAUGUGUGAAAAUAAUAAUUGUUCAAUACCAAAUGAUCAAAACGGAAGGUGUUCGUCCCCAAUUGCAAAAUGCAAUUUCAUUACAAAUUCAAAAUGUUUAGAAUGUGAUAAUAAUUCGAUUCCAAACAAAAUGAAAUGUCACACAAAUGACGAUUUGUUAUGCACAAACCAGAGUUCGGUUUCGUGUUUGAGAUGUGAAGACUUAUAUUUUUACAGUUCGUCAACGAACAAAUGUGAAAAAUGUGAUCCAAAUUGUAUGGCGUGUGUCAUUAGUUCGACUCACUGCAUUACAUGUCCAUUGGGAUAUUAUCUCUCAAAUAAUACAUGCAAUACAAAUGCCAAAUUGGUUGGAAUUUGCACACAACUAUUAUCAUCUGGUGGAUGUGUUAAAUGCAUUGAAGGGUAUUACAGAAAUGGGUUGGAUUGUAAUAAAUGUGAUAUUUCAUGUGCAUCAUGUAACACAAAUUUAAGGUGCUUGACUUGUAAUAUAACGAAUUACAAAACAUCGAGUGGAGAUUGUAAAUCACGAAGUAGUUUAAUAGGAUGCGAUGUGAAUGUUACACAAUAUGGGUGCACACGAUGUAAAAAUGGGUAUUUUCAAGUCAACACAAAUGAAUGCGAUAAAUGUGACAUGACGUGUUUAACGUGUUCUUCAUAUGGAAUUUGUGAAUCGUGCAUAUCAUCGGAAAAUGCAAUGAAAUAUCAAACUCAAAAUGUAUUAAAU